GAAUGGCAGAAUGGGGAAGUGGUUCAUUCAUCAUAUUAAACUUCUCUUCGUCUUCUUCCUCUUUAUCAUUGUCUAUACCCAUCUGUGGUUGAAUUGAAUUCGCAGAGAAACAAAGAGGGAGAGAGAGAGGGAGCGUUAGAAAGAAGAAAAGCAUUAGCUUUGGGAGGCUUUUGGUCUACUGGGUCUGUUUCGUUCCACAAAAUCACAGAGAGGAAGGCAAUGAAAACCUCUCUCAGAAAGUUGCGAGGUUUCGCACUUCACAAGCACGAUGCUAAGGACCGGAGAGAUCUUCGGCCUUUGCCCCAAUUGGACGAGCUAGCUCAGGCUGCACAGGGAAUGCAAGAUAUGAGGGACUGCUAUGAUAGCUUACUUUCUGCAGCUGCAGCCACAGCCAAUAGCGCUUAUGAAUUUUCGGAGUCACUGCGGGAAAUGGGUUCUUGUCUUCUUCAGAAAACUGCACUAAAUGAUGAUGAAGAAAGUGGUAGAGUUCUACUAAAGCUAGGGAAAUUGCAAUUUGAACUCCACAAACUUGUUGAUAGCUAUCGCUCUCAUAUCUUCCAGACAAUUGCAGUUCCAUCAGAAUCUCUUCUUAAUGAACUUCAAACAGUUGAGGAGAUGAAGCGUCAAUGUGAUGAAAAAAGAGAUGUAUAUGAGUAUAUGAUAAAGAGACAGAAAGAGAAAGGGAGGUCAAGAGGUGGAAAAGGAGAGAGCUUUUCUGUGCAGCAAAUACAAUUGGCUCGCGAAGAAUACGAUGAGGAGGCAACACUAUUUAUUUUCCGGUUGAAAUCUCUGAAGCAAGGACAAUCUCGUAGUCUUCUCACACAGGCAGCUCGUCAUCAUGCUGCUCAGUUGUGCUUCUUCAAGAAGGCACUUAGAUCUGUGGAGUCAGUAGAGCCACAUGUGAAAUUGGUAACCGAGCAGCAGCAUAUUGAUUACGAGUUCAAUGGGCUAGAUGAUGAAGGGGAUGGCAACAACGAUGAUGAUGAUAAUGACGAUGAUGAUAGCGAUGUGAAUGAUGAUGGAGAAUUGAGCUUUGACUAUGGACAACAUGACCAUGAUCAAGAUGUUUCUACAACGCAAAAUUCAAUGGAGUUGGAUCCGGUGGACAUUACCUUUCCUAAAGUAGCACAAGUGGAAGCUCUCAAGGACAGAUUCCGUAGGAAUUCAUUUUCCUUUAAGGGUAGGACAGCAGUCAGCCAAUCAGCUCCACUUUUUGCUGAAAAUAACUCAGAUCGAGCAGAAAAAAUGAGACAUAGGCAGCCAUCAUUCUCACGAAAGUUCCACUCGUAUGCACUACCUACACCAAUUGAUAAGAAGAGUUCAGUUUCUACGGGAUCAGAUAAUCCAGUGCCCCACACUGUACAGACAAGUUUAAGUGAGCGAACGCAGAAUUUGUGGCAUUCAUCACCUUUGGAACCAAAGAACGAAAAAGCCAUGGGAGAUAAGAAAGUUUCUGGAAUCAAUUUUAUGAAUGUGCAGUCAGUACUCAAAGAGAGCAACAAUAAUAUUGCAUCGCAUCGAUUACCCCCUCCUCUCUCAGGUCGGUAUUUGUUUUCGGAGCAGGUUCCACUGGCUGCUUCUGACUCGAAAGAAAGAAGAAGACAAGCAUUCUCUGGUCCAUUGACAAGUAAGCAUUGGGCUUCCAAGCCCGUCUCCUCAGAUCACCACCAAAUGUUUUCUGGACCUAUAUUACGAAAUCCAGUGUCUCAACCUCUGUCAUCUUCGCCUAAAGUAUCCCCAAGUGCUUCACCUACCUUUAUGUCCUCGCCUAAAAUAAGUGAGCUUCAUGAGCUUCCAAGGCCCCCUGCUAGUUCAACCUCUAAGUCUUCAAGACCUCUUGGUCAUUCAGCUCCCUUGGUUCCUAGAACACAAAUGCAAUCUGCAACAAAUAAACCAGCGGUUUCACCUACAGCAGCAGCUCAAUCUGCAACAAAUAAACCAGUGGUGUCACCUACAGCAGCUCCUCUGCCAACACCUCCAACUGUCGCCCGUAGUUUCUCUAUACCCUCGAGGGAUCCUGGAGCUAUGGAGUUUCAUGUAACCGAACCACGAGAAGGUUCCCCUGUUCCUGAAAUGGCUGAAGACAAUGGUUCACCUCCUUUGAGUCCACUAGCCUUACCUAACACAGCUAAGUGAUGGUCAACCAGCUCUGCAUUGUCACUUGGGCUGUUCAAUUCAGAGGUGGGGAUGGAUUAUUCAUUUCGUGGUGAUAUUUUGUUUCUAACUAGGCAACAAAUUGUUUUGGGGGGAGAAAGAUUGUGUUUUCUUCCACUCGUAGAGGUGCACAAAUGUAAAUAUAUCUUUGUCCAUGAUAUUUGUUAGUUGUUUAUUGCCAUUUUUACUAGCUAGUUAUUUUGUGUUAUUGGGCAUAUGGCAUAAAUUGUAAAAUAAUUGCCAUCUUGUUCCAUCAUCUGAGGAAUUUUGUAACAGUCCCCAGCAAUUAAUAGUUAAUAAUUCUUAUUCUCCCUUAUA